AUGCAGGCCAACAUGCAGUCUCUGCUCUCCAUCGCCGCCCUCUUUCUCGCCGCCACUGGCGUCCAAGGUGCCGUCAUUGCCCGGACAGAGGCCGCGGCUGUCUUCGAGCCAGAGACUGGUGGUCCUCAGCCUCCCAUGCCAGAGGGGGCGACGAUCCAGAACGCAGAGGGCGACAUGGAGCUUAUGCUCUUCCCCUCAUGGAUCACCUUCUAUUCUGACUCGAGCUGUAAAAAGAGGGUUGGCAGCGUCAACUACAGCUCCUGGAACAACGGGUGCUUCUUCAACGGAGGCUCCUACAUGCAAAUCACAACUGACGGCGACGACUUCACCCUCGUCCAGAGCAAGCAGAAGGGCUGCCGCGGCGGAGUGAACCGGGAAGUCAAGUUCCGCGGCCAUGCUGCUGACUGCUUCUUCCUCCGCGGAAAUGGCUUCACGACUGGAGGCUCGGGCGAAAACACUCCGUACACCAUCCGCAAUGAGGGCAGAGCCGAUUAG